UGAGGAUUGAUACAAAUUACUGACAAAGCUGCAGAAGAUCAUAAGUAAACAAGAUGACCUAAUGACAGUGAAAACUAACGAAACAGGAGGUCAGGAGCCAACAGUGAAAGAACCAGAAGUGAACACAACCCUUCAGAUGCAUUUCUUUGGGAAAAGAGGAGAAAGAAAACUUCAUUACAAAGAAUUUCGAAGGUUUAUGGAAAAUCUACAAACAGAGGUUCAAGAAAUGGAGUUCCUUCAGUUUUCCAAAGGGUUGAGCUUCAUGAGAAAAGAGGACUUUGCAGAAUGGCUGCUUUUUUUUACUAACACUGAGAACAAAGACAUUUAUUGGAAAAAUGUGAGAGAGAAGUUGUCAGCAGGAGAGAGCAUUAGUCUGGAUGAGUUCAAGUCAUUUUGCCAUUUUACAACCCACCUGGAAGACUUUGCUAUCGCCAUGCAGAUGUUUCACUUAGCUCACCGCCCAGUCAGACUCGCGGAGUUUAAGAGAGCCGUGAAAGUAGCAACAGGACAAGAGCUCUCAAACAAUAUCUUGGACACCGUCUUCAAGAUCUUCGAUUUGGAUGGCGACGAGUGCCUCAGUCAUGAAGAGUUUCUUGGGGUGUUAAAAAACAGGAUGCAUCGAGGUUUAUGGGUACCUCAGCAUCAGAGUGUGCAAGAAUACUGGAAAUGUGUGAAGAAAGAAAGCAUCAAAGGAGUAAAAGAGGUCUGGAAACAAGCUGGAAGGGGUCUCCUUUAAAGAGGGCCAUGCAACAACUAUACUGCCAGAAGGCCAGCGUUUCCAGCUGAGCUUAAGUGCCAGCCAUUUGUCUCUGCCGUCUUCAUGGGUGUCCUUUGUCAUGUAAACAUGCUUGGUGCUCACUCUGAUUCAGUAAUCUCAUUAAGAAACUUAGUAGGAAGAAAAGCCAUUCUUCAACAAGACCAUACCGGAUUCUGCCAGAGGCCUCAAUGUGAAGAGCAUUUUGCAUUUUGGCGAGAUGGAACACCUCGCCGGUCACUGGUGUCCUGGAUACUGUAGCAUGAGAAGAUUCUGGAAGGAUAAGCAAGUGCUAUGGAGGAAAGUAGUUGGCAUCCAGGCCAGUGUCCAUCCUGGAAGUACUGGUGUCCUGCCAGGAUAAAUGGAGUCAAAAACUAUUUCAGGUUCUUAUCUGUGCCAUCUGUCUCAGACACGUCUUGUAGAUUUUAUGUCAGUUGCUUAACUGUCUAUCAGUCAUCUUCAAAAUAGCACGUAAAUUUCAGUGUCCUGUCUGGAAGCAGAAUAAAGUAUUUACAUAGAUUUAAAACAAAA